CCGUCUCUUCUCCACUGCGGUAAUCUCGGGGCAGCGCGCUGUGGGAGUGAUCUCCGGGCAUGCAGCAAGGAUCAGACUGGGAGGGCCCCUCUCACGCCAGCCAGGAUGAUACCGGCUGAACUGAGGGUUUUGCUGCUGAUCCUGGGUUCUCUGGUUGCAGACCUCGCCACUGGUGAUCCGUGUGGAAAUCACACCAUCCUGGAUCAGCCCUGGAGGAGCACGGAUUGCUCUAAAACUCGGUGCAGUGGUCGGUGGAUGGAUGAUGGACACCUUACAGAAGGAUGGUACAGAUUUAGCAGACAUGGCAAUGUCAAGAUUCCUGAGACUACGGUUCCGUUCUUUCACUGCUCUGCAUGGGUCCCAGGCUGGUUAAAGGGUCUCCAUCCCGAUGUGGGAGCCGGUGAAGUGAACAGGAUCAUCUGUUUCAACUGGGUUGACCAAACUUGCAAAAAGCAACUGGAAAUCAGGAUCAAAAACUGCACAGCUUACUAUGUGUACAAGCUGAAGCCGACACCGGACUCAUAUAGAGUGUAUUGUACAGUUACAGACCCUGCACUGGGUGAUCCAUGUAUAAAUUAUAACAUCUUGGAUCAGCCCUGGAGGAGUACAAAUUCUCCUAGCACGAGUGGACAAUGUUCGUCUGACACAAGUCUUGAACAAGGAUGGUACAGAUUCAGCAGUUCCGGCGAUUGGAGGAUUCCUGAAGAAGAGCUUCCGGUGGGUGUCUGUUGUGGAAAGAGCCCAGGCUGGUUAGGAGGUUCCCAUCCCACUGUGACAGAGGGAGAGGUGAUGAGAAAGGUUUGCUUCAUGAUGAAUGGAAACAUCAUACCUGGAUCUGGCAUGAGUACAACUGGUGCAAUUCAAAGCAACACCACGUGCCUGGAUAUUAAGGUCAAAAAUUGCAUUGGCUACUUUGUGUAUCUGCUGAAGCCGACACCUAGUGAUCACGCUGUGUACUGCACAGAUUCCACUCUCGGUGAUCCGUGUGUAAACCACACUAUUCUGGAUCAGCCCUGGAGGAGCACGGACUGUUCAUUGGAAGAAUGCAGUAAAUACAUGAAUGAUGAUGCCCGGACAGAAGGAUGGUAUCGAUUUAAAAGUUCUGGUGGGUGGAGGAUUCCUGAGACUGCCGUUGCAACAGAGAAGUGCUCCGGGACAAGUCCAGGUUGGCUAAACGGUCACCAUCCCAGCACGGGAGAGGGGGAGGUCAACAGGACUGUCUGCUUCAGCUGGAAAAGUAACAGCUGUGAGACAAAGCGGAUAAUCAAGGUCAAAAACUGUGGUGCUUUUUUUGUGUACUGGCUGAAACCGACACUCUGCUGUAACAAAGUUUACUGUACAGAUCCAGCGUCUGAACCAACUCCCCAACCCGAGGGAACAACACCUGAGUCAGGCGAUGAUUUGUCUACGAUCACGGACCCAGAUACAAGUUCAGACCUUGAAAUUUCCACAAAUGGAUGUCCAAAAGGAACAGUGACUAGUGAGAACGUGCAGGAACCAUCCCUUAAUCCAACAAGAGAAACAUCUUCAGAUAUCAAAAAAUCCACAAGUGAAGAAGCCGGAGAUUCAUCAACUAGAGAACACACCCAGGAACCAUCAUCUGUCCCAGCGGGAGACGCACCCAAAGUCAAACGGCUCCCAACGAAGGAGGAAUGUGAGAAGAUGAUUAACACGGUCCAAGUGUUAUAUGUUGGACAGAACAGCCAGGGAAGCUCCGAGGAUUAUCUCCGUCUGGUACGUAAAAUGCUGAGAGAGCAGACCCUUUGCAAGUACGUCCUGUCCAAGUAAGGAAGGUUAAAUGGAACAGAGAACGCAGGAAGAAGAGGAUUGCAGUCAUACAAUGUAUCUCUGCAUCCAAUAUAUUGGUAGCUGGGGUGGUGGUGGGUAAGUUUGUGCUGGUGAAUCUGGAAUGGUGGUGGGUGAAAAUUUCUAAGCAAAAUGCAUAAUUAUCCAUAGAUUCAUCCUUCUGCAUUUUCUCAAUUUAUUGACAAACAAGUUACUCUUUUCAAACUUGUAACUAUAGGCAAUCCUGAGAUUCAGUUUCUUCCAAACACUCUCAAUCAGUCUACAGAAUAAUAAUCAGAACAGAAUCAAUGUAAGACCGCCCCACUAAGGUGUUCAAUCAGAGUGCAGAGGGCAACAAACUGCAAAUAUGAAAAGAAUAAAUAAUAAUAAUAAUAAUAAUUAGGCACAAAAUAUUGAGAACAUGAGAUGAAGAGUUCUUGAAGUGAACCAAUUGGCUGGGAAUUAGUGAAGUUACCUCUUUGGAUUAAGAACCUAAUGGUCGAGUGGCAGUAACUUUCUCAACAUGGUGGUGUGAGAUCUGAAGCUCCUGCAUUACCAUCUUGAUGGCAGCAGUGAGGAUUCCUGAUAAUGGAUGCUGCCUUUCUGUGAUAACGCUUCAUGUAGAUGUGUUGAAUAGUUCAGAGAUCUUUGUCCCUGAUGAACUGGGCUGUAUUCUCUACUUUUUACAGCAUUUUAUGUUCAAGGGCAUUGUUUCCAUUCUGCCAUUGCCUAUUAGUUGUCAAUGAUUGAGUGCGUGGGAAUGCAGAGAGACUUGGAUAGAUUGGGGGAAUGGGCAAAGAAGUGUCAAAUGAAUUAAAAUUUCGGAAAGUGUACAGUCAUGCACUUUGAUAGAAGAAAUAAAGGGGCUGACUAUUAUUUAAAUGGGGAGAGAAUUCAAAGUUCUGAGAUGCAACGGGAUUUGGGAGUCCUCGUGCAGGAUACCCUUAAGGUUAACCUCCAGGUUGAGUCGGUGGUGAAGAAGGCGAAUGCAAUGUUGGCAUUCAUUUCUAGAGGAAUAGAGUAUAGGAGCAGGGAUGUGAUGUUGAUGCUCUAUAAGGCACUGGUAAGACCUCAGUUGGAAUACUGUGUGCAGUUUUGGGCUCCUUAUUUAAGAAAGGGUGUGCUGAUAUUGGAGCGGGUUCAGAGAAGAUUCACUGCAAUAAUUCUGGAAAUGAGAGGGUUAAAAUAUGAGGAACGUUUGGCCCCUCUUGGACUGUACUCCUUGGAGUUUAGAAGAAUGAGGGGGGACCUCAUAGAAACAUUUUGCAUGUUGAAAGGCAUGGACAGAGUGGAUGUGGCAAAGUUGUUUCCCAUGGUGGAGGAGUCUAAUACGAGAGGACAUGACUUAAAAAUUGCAGGGCGCCCAUUCAGAACCGAGAUGCGAAAAAAAAAUUUUAGCCAGAGGGUGGUGAAUCUGUUGCCACGGGCGGCAGUGGAGGCCGGGUCAUUGGCUGUAUUUAAGGCAGAGAUUGAUAGGUAUCUGAGUAGCCAGGGCAUCAAAGAUUAUGGUGAGAAGGCGGGGGAGUGGGACUAAAGGGGAGAUUGGAUCAGCUCAUGAUGAAAUGGCGGAGCAGACUCGAUGGGCCAAAUGGCCGACUUCUGCUCCUUUGUCUUAUGGUAUAAAACUUAGCAAUGAAAGACACAUUCAUGAUCUUCCCAUGUGAGUGGGUAACUGUUUCUGUAUCUGAUAAUAUACAAGUGUUCCUGCUUUACUGGAGCAGUGAUAUUAUGCUUAUUUAUCUAAGUGUAUUCCCAGAUAACUUUUUGACAAAGGAAACCGAUCUAAGCAGAUUGAAGAUAACACAAAAUAUGCUGGUGUUGAAGAUGGUCUUAGGUUACAUUGAUUACUGGGGAAAAUGGAUGGAGAAAACUUGCCCAACCCAUCCCUUUUGAUCUCGACCUCUUAUUUCUUGCAUGUCUGUGGACUCCUUGCUUAAUGGAAUUGGCCAUUAACAAUAAAAUCUGGGAGCCCCAGACCACAGUAUCAAUGCCCCAUAAUGUUACUAAUUUCUAAUAACUUUCCCCCAAGCCUUAGGCUUCCAAUGAGAACCCAUGAUUGUUCAACGUCUAAUUUCUGCUCAUAAACAUUAGGACAGGCAGCAUCCUGGUAAAUAGUACCUGUAUCUCUUCACAGCGUCCUGACUGUGAAAUGGUGACCAGAAUUGCACACAGUACCCCAGUUGCGGCCCAACAAUCUUCCAUAAAGCUGCAAUAGGUGUCCAUUGAUCUUGUGCUCACUGCUCCAACCAGUAAAGACAGGGAUGUCAGACACCAUUAACAUUUUGUUUAUAUACUGGGAUGACCUCUUUCUGGAUCACAGAGCAUAGACAAGUACAGCACAAUGCAGGCUAUUCAGCCCACAAUGUUGUGCCACCCUUUUAACCCACUCUAAAAUUAAUCUUAACUCUUCCAGUCCACGUAGCCCUCCAUUGUUAUUUUAAACUUGUGCCCAUCUGAGACUUAUAUACCUGAUAUACCUUCCUCUGCCACUACCCUGAACAGUGUGUUCCACACAUCUGCCACCCCCGUGUGUAAAUUUAAAACCUCUGAAUCGCAAACCGCCUGGUGCAGAAAGGUAAAACCCCUGGAUCCCUCACCACCCUGUCAUUCCCCUUGAAUUAGCCACGUUUGCUCUCGAGAACAGUCUGCAACUGUUUUUGCCUCAAAUAAUCUUGUAUACGUCUGUCAGGUCACCACAUAUCCGCCUCUCCAAAAGGAAAAGCCGUAACGCACUCAACCUAUCAUCGUCUAAUCACCACUCUGUCUAAUCAGGGCACGUCUCUGGUAAUUUUCGUCUGCAUCUUCUAAAGCUUUCACAUUCUUCCAAUAAUAAGUCAAAACGAAGUGAACUGGGUGUUCCUGUAAUGAGUUCUCAGGGCUUGUUGGGGGAGCCGGUGAGCAUUGGGGGGGGUCCGACGUUUUUAGAGCAGCUGAUUGGUUAAUUGCUGUUCAGAGUUCCUUGUGUUUUUCUCACGCGACUCGUUUCCUGUCGGUCUCCUGGUGCCCAUUGUUAAAUCUAAAUUUGUAGGCUCAGCGAUUCUGUCACUUCUAUUAUUUAAGCAGAAGCCGAAUUACUUCUGGCACCGUUGCUUGACCUAGCCGCCGAUGUUCUUUGGGAAUUAUUGUGAUUAAAAUGUUAUCGCCAUCUCUACAUUGGAGUCUUGUCUUUCCUAUGCAACUAGGUUUCGAUACUUCCAGCGCAAAUCGUGACAAUUUCAAAUGUGGUCUAACCAAAUAUUUACAGACCUGCUACGUUACCUCAUGACUUUGAAUUCAAUCUACCAAAUACUUAAAGUCAUAAAUAUACCU